UUUUUCUUCAGCUGGAUGAACGCGCGACGGCACAUGAGCCUGUCUUAACACGUUACAAAAACAGUGAUUGUUUUUCAUUCGUGGAGGUUUAUUUCUUUUCUAUGAGACGCUGGAUAAGUUAACUUAUCCAAGCAGCCUAUUUUGUGUUUAUAGCCUAUUUUUUCAUGUUGAAGUUCUACUGCGGGGACUGAAGUUCUGAUAACUUGGAUGAAAUAUAUUGAAACGAAAACUACUUUUUGGCAGGUUUUUUUUCUGAUCAAAUUCCUCACCAAGGCAGACAGAGAAAAACAGAGAGGAGUGAGUGGAAGCUGUGGAAGCUCAGCAUCAGUCUUGUGCCUAUCUUUGGACAGAAGAGCACUCCCGUGCCAACGCCUUCCCCUCUGUCCACUUCUCCUCGGCUGGGAAAGUUCAGCUCACACCGCCCCAAGGGCAAUUUGACGGCUUUUCUUUUUUUCUGCGACUCAUGAGCGACUGAACCUUCUGUCGUACGGUAAAGAAGUAGUUUGAUAGUGAAAAUGGGCUGCACGAUCAGCGCAGAGGACAAGGCUGCGGUGGAGAGGAGUAAAAUGAUUGAUAAAAACCUGCGGGAGGACAGAGAGAAAUCCUCCAGAGAAGUCAAACUCCUACUGCUCGGUGCUGGGGAAUCUGGGAAAAGCACGAUAGUAAAGCAGAUGAAAAUUAUUCAUGAAGAUGGCUACUCCGAAGAAGAGUGCAAGCAGUACAAAAUGGUCGUGUACAGCAACACCAUCCAGUCCAUUAUGGCCAUCAUCAGAGCCAUGGGACGCUUGCAAAUAGAAUUUGGAGAUGCUGCGCGGGCGGACGAUGCUCGCCAACUGUUUGCCCUGGCGAGCUCGGCGGAGGAAGGUGUGAUUUCGCCAGAGCUGACCACUGUGAUUCGGAGGCUGUGGAAAGAUGUUGGGGUUCAGGAGUGCUUUGAUCGAUCACGAGAGUAUCAACUCAAUGACUCCGCUGCAUACUACCUGAAUGAUUUGGAGAGGAUCUGUGAGCCGAACUACGUCCCGACUCAGCAGGAUGUGCUUCGUACACGAGUUAAGACAACUGGCAUCGUGGAGACUCACUUCACCUUCAAAGAUCUCUACUUCAAGAUGUUUGAUGUUGGGGGUCAGCGCUCAGAGAGGAAGAAGUGGAUCCAUUGUUUUGAGGGAGUCACAAGUAUCAUUUUCUGUGUGGCGCUCAGUGACUACGACCUCGUCUUGGCCGAGGAUGAGGAGAUGAACCGGAUGCAUGAGAGCAUGAAGCUUUUCGACUCCAUCUGCAACAACAAGUGGUUCACGCUCACCUCCAUCAUCCUCUUCCUCAACAAGAAGGACUUGUUUGACGAGAAGAUCAGCAGGAGUCCGCUCACUAUCUGCUACCCUGAAUACUCCGGUGGGCACUCAUACGAAGAGGCUGCAGCUUAUAUCCAGUGCCAGUUCGAGGACUUAAAUAAACGAAAAGACACUAAGGAGAUCUACACCCACUUCACAUGUGCCACAGACACCAAGAAUGUGCAGUUUGUGUUCGAUGCUGUCACCGACGUCAUCAUCAAGAUCAACCUGAGGGAGAUCGGCCUCUUUUAAGGCUUAUGGCCUGCAGGUGUCUGGAGGAAAAUCGGGACUUCUGGGCUUGUUUGUUUGUUUCUGCAGAAGGCAAAAUGCAAAGUAGGUCUAACAGAGGACUGAGCUUGUGGCCAUGCUGAAUGCUGGACCUUUUACCGCUAUUUGGGGACUUGAUACUAUGAUCACUAUUGUCUUAUUAGAUUCAUGAUGCAGAGAAAAUUUGGAGCAAGUGAUAAGUGAGAGAGGCUUGUGAAAUGAUCCUUGUGAGUCAUGUGGAGUCCUGUCAUAUUGAAGACCUGAGCAUCAGUCGGUGCUGGCAGUUCAAGCUCCUCUGAUGUCUGGGACACAUUCAUAGUUUGUCUAUUGUAUGAAUCAGGGCCAAAAGAGCCUUUGUAUCAAGCCCAUGGCUGCAGUCUGCAGUCUCACAAGUCAUGUGUAAAUUCUGUUUCACUGUUGCAUCCUCUCUGAGCUUACAUUUUUAUCACAUUGCCUUUACUGAAUAUUUGCAACUGUUACAUUUGAUUUUGAUUUUGAGUUACAUUCAUGUAGUAUUUCUACUUACGGAUGUUUGAGUGCUAUUACUUAAGUAUGCAGAAGUUUUUUGUGUAAGCAGUUUUGAUGUAACUAACAUGAUCUGUAAGGUUUGGGAUUAGCUACAGUCAUGUGAGAUCAUUAGCAUCAUUGCUUUUUGAUCCUUUACUAGUUCAAUAUUGAAAAUUUUUUCUAGAUGAGACACAUCACUGCAAAUCAGCUUGUAGAGGUAAAUAUUUUUUUUUUCUUGUGUUUGAAUAUGACAAAUCUUAUUCACUCAGUCAAGGUCCACAGAUAACUUUUUUUUCAAGAUAAAAGGGUAUUGCUGUAGAUAUCAAUGAAGAUGUAUAAAUAAAUUAAACCAAAAGAGAGAAGAAGUUUGA